AGAUUUUCAAUAAAGGCUCAGAGUGCGGGUGUCACUCGGCGAGUCGGGCAGCAUCUCUGGAGAACACGGACUGGUGACGUUUCCAGUAGGGAUCCUUCUACAGAUUUCAGGGAAUUUGAAGACUUCUGUUCAGAAUUUCUCCAGUUCUCUCUCUUGCCCUCGAAGCUCAGCUGUUCAAAUCCAAAGAUGAAUUACCUUGUGGUCCUGGUAGCUGGUCUCAUUUUCAGUGCCUCUCCGGGUAACUCUUUGCGGUGUUACUCCUGCACAGUGUCAACGGAAAAAUGCGUGGAUAAUACUAUUAACUGCCCUCUGGGGCUGAACUGCUACCUUGGGUUUGCAGAGGCUGCUGGUACAAAGCUUUACACCGCCGGAUGUUUCCCACCUGCUGACUGUGAUAUCCAGCAUAGUAUCGCAGAAGUCUCAGUCGCUUUCAGCUGUUGUGAUACUGACCUCUGCAACGCGAGUGACCAAGUUAAAUUAUCUCUUCUGCUGUUCCCUGCUCUGGUCUCUGUCUGGUUUGCAAUAUUUAUGUGAAGCAAAUGCAUAAUAAUAAUGUACAGUGCAAUCUUCUGGAUGAUUUUUGUCUGAAGAUCAGGGAUAAUGAGUCUUAACACUUGAUUUCCAUGUGAUGAGCAACUUAACCUAACAGAUGUGCAAAUCCUUUUCAUUCCAAAAUCAGUAACCCUCAUCCAUGUUCAGGAUGAGUUCAUCGAUGGUGGUUAGUUCUAUGGGUUCUGUAAUUCCUCAAUCUUCCAAUUUACUAUUUAGUUUGUUAUUGAUUUGAAUGAUGUUUUGGAGCAGGUUACAUAUAUAUACAGCUUCAGUAACUCCAACACAAGGCUGUGGAGGCCAAGGGAAUUGAUAUUUUUACCGCAGAGAUAGAUAGAUUCUUGAUUAGGGCGGGUGUCAGGGGUUAUGUGGAGAAGGCAGGAGAAUGGGGUUAGGAGGGAGAGAUAGAUCAGCCAUGAUUGAAUGGCGGAGUAGACUUGAUGCGCCGAAUGGCCUAGUUCUGCUCCUAUCACCUACAGCAUGACCCUAUAACACUGUGUUUACCUCAGGAGGCUAGACAAGCAUGUUAUGAUGGCAGCACAUGGACAACCUCCAUCAAGUUGACAAAGGCAACGCUAAUACUUUCAAGAGACAACUAGAUAGGGCUCCUAAAGAUAGCGGAGUCAAGGGAUAUGGGGAGAAGGCAGGAACGGGGUACUGAUUGGGGAUGAUCAGCCAUGAUCGCAUUGAAUGGCGGUUCUGGCUCGAAGGGCCGAAUGACCUACUAAUGCACUUAUUGUUUAUUGUCUAAUACACCAUGCUUGAUAUUUGCAAACUUUUAAUAAUUUGGAUAAUAAUAAUAAUAAUAAUAAUAAUGUAAUUUGGAGUGUGUACCAUUACUCUGUUCAUCUGUUGCUGCAUCUCAAUAAAGUACUGAUUUUCAAAGAAAA